AUGUCCGACUAUGUCAACCCCCGCGCGCAUGCCUGUCAGAAUUGUGUCAAGGCCAAGGCGAAAUGCUAUGACCUGACCGAUGGGCGAUGUGAAAGGUGUAAACGCCUCGAUAAGCACUGCAUAAUGCAGGAUCGUAGCACACCACGACCAUCAAAACCUUCCAAGUCAAGGCGAAAUGACCACACGAGGCAAAUUGCGCAGUUGCAGCAGAAAGUCGACAGUCUAGUCUCGCUUCUUGGUGCAUCGCAGCAGAAUCUGGAUAACGGCGCAUUCACUGCGAUUACACCUGAGUCGACCGGACCGACCUCUAGCGCGUCAGACUCCAUGAGCGCCCAGAUUUAUACGCGACAGACCACUGUUAUUCCGCAGUGCUUUCCAGCUCCAACACAACAAUAUGGGCUUGAUUCGACAUUGUAUUCGCCGUCAGAGGGCAGACUAAACAAAAGCCCGGACGAGUUGCUUGAUAUCUUCCGUCGAGAUAUGGCGCAUCAGGCGCCGUUCAUAUCAGUCCCCGUGCAGAUGUCGGCGCAAGCCCUUUCACGAGAACGACCGUUUCUUUAUCGCGCAAUCAUGACAGUAGCGUCGUAUCACGAUUCUGUCCAUCAACUACAAAUGGGCCAGGAACUUGUGAGAUACAUCAUGGAGCAUCUUAUCGUACUCGGGGAGAAGAGCCUGGACCUCCUGCAAGGGCUCCUGGUCUAUAUCAACUGGUACAACAGCCUGUUCCAUGCCAAUCCGCAAACAAACACUUUGCUUGGACUCGCAUUCUCACUGCUUGUUGAUUUGAACUUGUACAUCCCGUACAAGAACAGCGACAAUCAUGAGAAAUUUGUUGGCGAAAUGAAAACGACCGUCACUUCUAACCCGAAUUGGGCGCGAAGUUCGGAGCCGUCAAGGGAAGAAAGAAGAGCUGUUCUUGGGUGCUUCUAUCUCUUCUCAUGUGUAUCAUCGAAAUUUCGCAGUUUGAACCCCCUUUCCUGGACGAACAAUAUCCAGCAAUGCUACGAGGAAAUAUUAAAAGCCCCCGAAUACGAGAACGAUAUACGACUGGUCCACGUUGUCGACUUGCAGCGAAUCGCCGAGAAUGCCAGAUUUAUCGUCCGCGAAUUCCCAUCAUCGAAUGCUUCCGUGCCAAAUAAUUCUAUUGGUCUGCAGCUCAAAUUACUGGUCUCCGACUUGGAAAAGUUCAAAGUCACACUACCUGAGAGACUUCAACAAGACUCAAUGAUGCUGAUGCAUUACCAUGCGGUUGAAAUACUCGUUUACGAAUUAUGCUUCUUUAUGACGCCGACGAAUCCAGCCCAGGGCCCGUCGCCCAAGCGAGCCGACGCCUUAUGGAUGUGUCUCACAGCGACUCGCACACUUAUAAACAUCUACUUUUCACUCAACUUACAACCCCACUUUACCUUCUCCGCGAUAUCGUUACAACAACUCUACCUCGCCUUGGCGACCCUGUCGAAGCUAUCAUUAUUCAAAGCGGACGACUGGGACGUGAACUACGCGCAACCAUCCAUCGACCUGUCGACUCUACUUGAUAGUCUCGUCACCAGGACGGAAGAGCUGAGUUCACGGUACGAUGUGAUGGAGACCAACAAGCCGUGGCUACAAAGUAGCCGAAGGUUGAGGCAGGUGCGGAUGCGAUUCGAUGACUUGCUGUCGAAUGAGAGCGUCCCCUCUGCCACGCUUUCCACUGCCGCUGCCGGCACACAACCAUCAGCAAACGGCAUGUCGAUGGUGGCGCCAUCGUUUCAUGAUUUUCGGCUGGAUCAGUUUGGGUUGUGGGACGAUAGGUUCUGGCAAACCAUGCAAGAUGGUUCAGCGCCGUGUAAUACUUAG